CCUACGAGAGACUUUCAGAAACAGAUGAAAGCGAAACUAAACUCCGCAGCGUAACGAAGAACUCCAGGAUGCUUCAUGUAAAGCUCAGUCAGUCCCUUUACUUUGGUGCCUUCACUGUCCUGGAUUUCCACACUCUCGUCCUCCUCGCCACGAUACACUCAUGUAGAGCUCAGUCUAAUGUGAUUGGUCCAUCCAAGCCAAUACUGGCAAUGGUUGGUGAGGACAUCACUUUGCCAUGUUACCUGGACCCUGUCACGGAUGCUUUCAGCAUGACUCUGGAGUGGGCGAGACCUGACCUGGACCCCAGAUUUGUCCUUGUGUGGCGUGACGGUGUGGAGCUAGAGAGUAGAAAACAUGGAUCCUACGAGGGAAGAACGUCACUGUUUAGUGAUGAACUGAAGAAAGGAAACAUUUCACUGAAACUCUCCAAAGUUAAAAUAUCUGAUGCGGGAAGAUACAGAUGUUUCGUCCCAGCACUGAGAACAGACUCAACUGUUCAGCUUGUUGUAGGAGCCGUCUCCUCACCUGGUAUCCAAAAGUCCAAAAACAGCAGCAGCGUGGUGUUACAGUGUGAGUCUGCAGGCUGGUAUCCAGAGCCUGAGGUGUUUUGGCUGGACGGUGAGGGAAACCUCCUCUCUGCUGGACCUACAGAGACAGUCAGAGGUCCUGAUGACCUCUAUACUGUCAGCAGCAGAGUGACUGUGGAGAAGAGACACAGCAACAGCUUCACCUGUAGAGUCCAACAGAAGGACAUCGACCAGACCAGAGAGACUCACAUCCAGGUUCCAGAUGAUUUCUUCCCAGGCCGGUCUGAUUCUAGCUCCAGUUCAUCUGCGCCUGCCAUCAUCGGUUUGAUUGUUGCCAUGUUGAUUCUUUCAGCGGUCUUUGUUGUUGUGUGGAAAUGGAGACAAAACAAAAUCAGAAACAAGAAGCACCUCGAGGAUGAAGAAACACAGAAAGUGAGAGAGAAGAAGAGCAACUCUGUGAGAAACAAUUCAGAACAGGAGCCACUAAUGGAAAGAGAAACAGACAGAGAACAACUAGCAGCAGAAAGAGAGACAAUUAACAUUCAGGACCCGUCGAAUGAAGAAACAGAACUUCAAGCUCAAACAAAGGAACCUCACCAAAGAGAAUCAAACAACGUUUUGAUCCAGACACAAGAAAACAUCCAGUCUGUGAAUAAAGAAACGGAGCAUCAGUCUUCAGUGGGAGGAAGAAGACAGACAGACCAGGCAGAAGGACAGACAGAAAAUGGUUUGGACAAGGGUCAAGAAGAGACAGAGACUCAACCAAUCAAUCAGAAACGAGACGCUCCACAUCCAGCAGAAAGUGAUCUGAACCACAAGGAAGAGGCUAAACCUGAAAGUGACAACACAGAGCAGCUGAUGGAAGAAAGACAGACAGACCAGGCAGAAGGACAGACAGAAAAUGGUUCGGACAAGAGUCAAGAAGAGACAGAGACUCAACCAAUCAAUCAGAAACGAGACGCUCCACAUCCAGCAGAAAGUGAUCUGAACCACGAGGAAGAGGCUAAACCUGAAAGUGACAACACAGAGCAGCUGAUGGAAGAAAGACAGACAGACCAGGCAGAAGGACAGACAGAAAAUGGUUUGGACAAGGGUCAAGAAGAGACAGAGACUCAACCAAUCAAUCAGAAACGAGACGCUCCACAUCCAGCAGAAAGUGAUCUGAACCACGAGGAAGAGGCUAAACCUGAAAGUGACAACACAGAGCAGCUGAUGGAAGAAGAGGAAGGGGAGGAAAUAAAGUCUGCAGGUGAUGAAACACAAGCUCAGUGUUUGAUGGAGGAAGAAAAACAUGGAGAACAGCUGAUGCCAGAAAGAGAGACACUGAAUGACCUAGACAAAGAGAAGGAAAAACUUAUGAGAAAUCUAAAGACAAAAGAAAGAGAACAAGAAGAAUUGGAAGAAACGAGUCUCCAGACUUAAGGGGCAGAU